AUGGCAGCCCCAAUCACCCUUGUCGUCGGUGCUUCCCGUGGGAUCGGCUAUGAGCUGGUUCGACAACUCGGGCAGGACCCUACUGAAACUGUCGUUGGGUCCCUACGAAAUCCGGAGAGCUUUCAGCCUCCCCACGAUCACGUCAAAUAUCUCGCUUUGGAUCUUACCAACUCGGCGUCGAUCACCAAAGCGGCUGCGAAUAUUGAGGAACUCGACACCCUGAUCAUCAAUGGUGCUAUCGGUGAUAAUGAAAGGCUGAGUUCUAUUCCCACGGCGAGAUUGAGUGAUUACCUGGACACAAAUGUGGUGGGACCGCUGCGCGUGGCCCAAUCUUUCAUUCCGGCUCUACUUCGUCGACCAACCCGCAAAAUUAUCUUUAUAUCUUCAUAUUGCGGUUCAUUCGGUGUUCAAGUGGACAACCUAUGCGGUUGGGGAGGUCUGUAUGCCGUUUCCAAGGCAGCGGAGAAUAUGCUUGCUCUUCAGCUGCACCAUGAGCUGAAAAAAGAUGACUUCACGGUGAUUCCAAUUCAUCCGGGCAAUGUGGCGACAGACAUGGGAAACAUUGGCGGUGGUGGCGGAACACCAGUGGACGAAGCAGUGGGAAGAAUUCUCACGGUUAUUCGUACUGCAACACAGAAGGACUCGGCCAAAUUCUUUAGCCACGAUGGGUCAAUCCUGCCGUGGUGA